CACACACAGACAGUUUGUUGUCAAUGCGAGAGAAGAAGACGUGGGCUGACUUACUACGACUCUAAAGUCUCAAGAUGAGGAUGUGUAAGGAAACAUCAGAUAACCGUGGCCUUGUUGCUGCUAUCUUUUUCUUGUUGGGCAUGGGGACUCUCCUUCCAUGGAACUUCUUUAUAACUGCAAUGAAUUAUUUCACUGAGCGUUUGAAAACUGGGACUGAUGCAAAUCCUGGGAAUGGUACAAAUCCUGAGCAGCCAGACCCUUACAUGUUCGGAAACCUGAGUGUGCUAUUAGCCCAGCUUCCCCUUCUGCUCUUUACCCUUCUCAACUCUUUUCUAUACCAGCACAUUGCAGAGAAGAUUAGGAUUGCUGGCAGCAUGGUCUUCAUAUUACUCCUCUUCAUUCUCACAGCCAGUUUAGUGAAGAUUGAGAUGGAACAAGACCACUUCUUCUACAUUACCAUGGCAACAAUCUGGUUUAUUAACAUGUUUGGGGCAGUGUUGCAAGGUAGUCUGUUUGGUCUCGUUGGUAAACUACCCCCGAAAUACAGCUCCCUGUUUAUGAGUGGUCAGGCUGUGGCUGGGAUUUUCUCCGGCCUAGCCAUGCUGUUAUCGAACAUCUUUGUGACUGAUUCAGAGAGCUCUGCUCUUGGAUAUUUCAUAACCCCCUGUGCUGCCACCCUGCUUACUUUGUGCUGUUACCUCAUACUGCCGAAUCUGAAGUUUGCCCAGCUUCAUUUGGAAAAUGUAUCGUCAGAAUGUGAAGAGACAAGAAAAGAGCCAUUAACAAAUCUUUCUGCUACAGAGUGUGUCACUUUGGUUAAAGUGAAGUUGAAUGAUGACAGCGGGUUAGACAUCAAUGGCAAAAUGAUUUUAACUGAUUCUGAAGCAUGCAAAAAGGUGGAUGAGCUCAAACAGGAAUCCCUUGAAGAGAAAUCAACUGUACCUCAAGUCUUCAAAAAGAUUUGGGUGAUGGCAUUAUGCGUGACAUGCACAUUUGCCGUCACAUUGUCUGUUUUUCCAGCAAUUACUAUCAAUACAGAACCCUCAGGCUUAUUUGAAGGAAAAAAGAAUAUCUUCGUCCCCUUUUGUUCAUUCAUUGUCUUCAAUGUAAUGGACUGGAUUGGUAGAAGUCUCACGUCUCGUCUUCAGUUGCCAUCGAUGAAGAGUUGUUUUUUCCCCGUCUUUGUGGUAUUACGAGUAAUUUUCAUUCCUGCCCUCAUGCUCUGCAACGUUCAACCUCGUGCUGUUCUCCCAGUCAUUUUCAAUCAUGAUGUGGCCUACAUGGUCAUCAUGUCAUUGUUUGCCAUGACGAAUGGAUAUUUUGCCUGCCUCUCCAUGAGUUAUGCGCCACAGCUGGUGAAGUCUAAAGAUGCAGAGACAGCAGGGGCUCUGAUGACCUUCUUUCUGGCUGUGGGCCUCUCUCUGGGAGCUGCACUCUCCUUUGCCCUUAAACAAAUAAUUUAGGGCAAAUCUCACCAGUUGACACUGCUGUUUUCUCAUCACCACCCAACAUAAACAUGUUCAAAAGGGCUAAACAUACCCUACGCAUGUACACUAUCGCAUAUGCUUCGAGUUACACAAGGUGGAUUCUGUGCAUUGUUGAGUUACAGAAUGUGUCAGACUGCAAUUGAUAACUCAACGCAAGUAUGUGUUGUAUUCUUAAUAGUGGUGGCACCGAUCAGGGUAUCAGACUGAUUAGCCCGAUCCAAAUCCAAUACCGCAUGUUGGUCAUUGAGGUUAUUGUCAAGCUCAAAGAAUGACAUAACCUACAAAUUGCCGUUAAAGUAAUCCAUAUAAUUAGUGUAUUUUAAUCAGGCUCUUUAAGUCUUCGUUAAUUGCAAAAGGCUCUGUUUAAAAAAAUAUACAGUCAGCAUGCACAUCCAAGUAGUCUCUGGCACCACGCCGCUCUGCCGACACACAUGCUGCUCAGCGCAAUAUGUGGUUGCUCCACACAAACUCCAUCUCAGAUGUAGAUGAUCAAUUGUUCGGUACACCUAUGCAUUGAGAACGGCACCGGACAAGCAUUUUAUCAGCUGUGAAUGAGAAGCGUAUUACAAUACUGUGAAUUAGCCUACAAUCAAACACUCAAAAACAGACUUCCUGGAGCGCUCAGCGAUUAAGAAAUUACAACUGAAAUGCAUUACCAAUGUAGUCAAAUUAUUAUUAUUAGAAAUUACAAUAAAAACAAAUUGAGUUCCGAAAAUUUGGAUUGAUAUACUAAUAAAAGUAAAAUGAAAUGAAUAACAGAGAGAGAGGGAGAGAGAUCUGAAACAAUUUACUAAUCCAGAUACAAGUUAAAAUGUGUAAAGAGGACUGUCUUCUUUUCUACUGAAGACUUUUAACUCGAAUUAAUGUUAUUUUUGCUGUUGCAGACUAGUUAAAAAUAAAGUUUUAAACAUGCUGUUUUGUAGUUUUUUUGUUUUCCUGUUUUAUAAUGAAAUAAUGUAUUUUACAGGUUUUUGUUUCUUUACACAGAGUACUCCCAAUCAGUUCUCAUUAAUAAAAAUAAAAAAAUGGUAUCAGAUUGGUAUUGGCCAAUACUGAUAAUUAAGGUAAUGGAAGAGAAUUUUUUUUUAUCAUUCCAUCUCUAAUUCUUAAUGUUUUCGCAAGCAUUCGGGCAUUAGUGUGAACUGUCCGCUUCUAUGAGUUUCUCUUUCAAGUCAACUACUGUUAUGGCAGAGCAGUAGUUCGUAGAGAAAAUUGCUGUGCAAGUAAGUUAGUCAAUACAUUUAUUGCUACUUACCUGAUUAAUAACACAUCCAGUUUAAAUGGCACAGACUUUUGAAGGCAACUCUAUGGCCACCUUGAGUAUUGAGGUUUGUUACCGCCAUAGUACCGCAAGACCGCACAUUACAAGUGUUUAACCGGACCAUCCAUUGGCGAAGAACUCAGAUGUGAAUGUGUGUACUUGCGUAAAGUAUGUUUCUGGCCUAAAUCAUUGCUGUAUUAAAAGCACCUUUUUAAGCAGUCUCAUUUUGUGAAGGACUAAAAAUAAAUUGCAGCAUUAUCUUGACUAUUAUUUUUGAUAUAGUGAAGAUAAUUUAACAGGUAUUUAUGGGUUUGCAAUUCAUACUCAUGGGUUUGUUUGUUUUUUAAGGGAAAUGGCUUUUGUUAUCUUUUUAUACAAGUGAAUUUUGUUGUAUUUAAUUUUUUUAUCAUCUAUUGUAUUUUUGUAUUCUUUUUAAAGAUCAAGUCAUAUAUCAUAAAAUGGAUAUGAAGCAUAGUGACUCUCAGAGACAUUCUACAUGCCUGUAAUACGUGUUUUUUUUUUAAUAAAA